AUGCCGCCGUGGGGCGCCGCCCUCGCCCUCCUCCUGGUCGCGCUCGCCCUGCUCGGCCUGCUCGCCCCGCGGCUGCGGCGCCCCGGGAGACGAGCCGUCGGAGAGAGGACCCCGCCGGGGGCCGGGGGCCCAAACGACGAAGAGGAGUCGGACGGCGGAGGCCCGGCGGACGAGUUCCGCGACGGGCGCGAGCCGCUGCCCGGCGGGUGCAGCCUCAUCUGUAAGCCGUCGGCGCUGGCCCAGUGCCUGUUGCGCGCCCUGCGACGCUCCGCAGCGCUGGAGCCCGGCCCGCGCUCCUGGCUCUCCGGGCCCCACCUGCAGACCCUCUGCCACUUCGUGCUGCCGGUGGGGCCGGGGCCCGAGCUGGCCCGGGAGUACCUGCAGUUGGCCGACGACGGACUAGUGGCUCUGGACUGGGUCGUGGGACCUUGCGCCCGGGGCCGCCGGGUCACCAACGCCGGGGGCCUUCCAGCGGUGCUGCUGGUGAUCCCCAAUGCGUGGGGACGCCUCACCCGCAACGUGCUGGGUCUCUGCCUGCUCGCCCUGGAGCGCGGCUACUACCCAGUCAUCUUCCACCGUCGCGGUCACUACGGCUGCCCACUGGUCAGCCCCCGCCUGCAGCCUUUCGGGGACCCCUCCGACCUCAAAGAGGCAGUCACUUACAUCCGCUUCCGACACCCGGCGGCCGCGCUGUUCGCGGUGAGCGAGGGCUCCGGCUCCGCGCUGCUGCUGUCCUACCUGGGCGAGUGCGGCUCCUCCAGCUACGUGACCGGCGCCGCCUGCAUCUCUCCGGUGCUGCGCUGCCGCGAGUGGUUUGAGGCCGGCCUGCCCUGGCCCUAUGAGCGCGGUUUCCUGCUCCACCAGAAGAUCGCCCUCAGCAGGUACACCACAGCCCUGGAGGACAUAGUGGACACUGGUAAGCUGUUCAGGAGCCGCUCUCUGCGAGAGUUUGAGGAGACGCUCUUUUGCCACACCAAGAGUUUGCCUAUCAGCUGGGACACCUACUGGGACCGAAACGACCCGCUCCGGGAUGUGGAUGAGGCAGCUGUACCUGUGCUCUGUGUCUGUAGCGCUGAUGACCCUGUAUGUGGGCCCCCAGACCACUUCCUGCCCACUGAACUCUUUCACAGCAACCCCUACUUCUUCCUCCUGCUCAGUCGCCAUGGAGGCCACUGUGGCUUUCUGCGCCAGGAGCCCUUGCCAGCCUGGAGCCACGAGGUCAUCUUGGAGUACUUCCGGGCCUUGAGUGAUUUCUUCCGAAAUGAAGAGAGGAUAAAAGCGCUGAGCAGGCGCAGAGCUUCAUUCCUAGGGGGCCGCCGCCGCUGGGGAGCCAUGCAGAAGCGGGAGGUCUCACCCUCUUCCAAUCUGGAGGAGAUCUUUAGCUGGAAGAGAUCAUAUACACGGUGAGACCUGGCAGAGAAACCCCCAGUCCUGCAAAGAAGAGCAGAGCUGGGUUUGGGGGACUCUUGAUAGGGUGGUUAGGACCAAGUGGAGCCAGCAGCAAUCUUGUCACUGACUUAAUCCUUCUCUCUUAAACUGGUCUGUGGAAAGAGCUAGAACUUCCAGCAAGCUGGCGCUCACAUUUUACCCUGAGCAGAACUCCUGUCCAGGCUCUGUUCACAUUCCUGGUCAUGAUGCCUAUUCAGUGGCUGGGCAUUCCCCAUCACUGUCUCUUGCCACAGAUCUCAUAAGCCAGAGAAUAACACCAUUUAAGUCCAUAGACUCAGAAGUGCUCUCUCACUAGGGUCACUGCAGAGUAGAGAAGAUGAGUAUUUGCAUGUCAUUAGGCAGCUCUGUCCCACGUAAAUGCUCUAUGGCCCUGAUUCUCAAACUGGAGCCACUUGAUGUAGCGAGGACAGGAUGUUUGUGUCUCGGUCCCACUUCCCUCAUUUUGCUCUGUGGUUGUGGCCUCUGCUGACUUCAUGGGCGGCUGUGGAAGUGCGCUCACAGAGCUGUGCAGCCUCCUGUCUUACGUGAGUGAGAAGGGCAGCAGAGGCAGUGAAUACUGCAGUGAGACUGGGUUGGUGAGGGCCACAAGGUAGAGUGUGAAUGUCCAAAAGCUCCAGCUUUUCAGAUGAACUCUGCAAAGUCUCGGGAUAGGAUUGAUCUGGGCCUUCAGCUGGGAACCUCAAGACUCACUGGAGAGCUGAAGGAUAAUUUUAGGAAUAGGAAGUCCUCACGCAGAAGGGUAUAAAGGUUCUACCAGACCAUAGCUCCAGAAGUCAGACUCUCAGACGCUCCAACUGCUCCCUUGGUAUCAUUUCAAAGGAUUACUCCAGGGAGCUCUAGCAAGAGCUGCUUUUCUCCUGCGAUGUGGGCUUUCUCUAACUAGUGAAAUAUAUAAACCUCAUCUUCAGUGUUUUCUGACCAGUUUUCUGCCCUCUUUUUGGAUAUUACGACUGCCACUCCUUCUCCCAGAGCCUGGAGAAACAUUGGGACCAGAAAAAACAACCUAGAGUUUGGCUAGACCUGACAUAGAAAUUCAUAAAUGUUUCACAUUACCAUGCUUUUUUUCUGCUCACUAUUCACAUUGCCAUCUGUGGAAAUGUAGACAAGCUUUUUUCUUGAUCUUGCCAUUCGGUGACUGCGUGGGUGUUGGUUUUAUGAGGAAUAAACCCUGAAGAUUGGAGUAAAAUAAGGUAGUACACAGAUUGAUGUACACAUCCUGGUUUGGAUUAAGUCACUAAAUACAACAGGAAAUCUAGUUCCAUGGGUUACUAAAAACUUUGCCCCGAGGCUUUGUCAUUGGGAAAGAAGACACCUGUUUUGACAGGAAGCUGCACCCUGGAGUCAAACAGCAAAGCAGUUUUAAAAUAAUGUUUACCAAAAACUAGGUCCAAAGGUUAGCUAUAAAGAAUUCCCAGAGACAGGGUUUCAGGUGUGGAUAACCAUCCACCAGCCUAGCUCUUCUAGAUCAAAAUAAAGAAGGAACUCUAAACUAUCCAAGAAUUUAAACUGAAAUGCAGACAACACUCGAUCAUCUUGCCAAGAGAAAAUUAUCUUCAUUCCUCACGUCUUGCUUCUCUUCCACAUUCCCAUCUAAGCUUCUUUCACCAUUUCUAGGCAGGAACAAAUAAAAAGAAACUGACCUCUAAAGAUCCCACUUCUGGUCAACCACCUCAGUGUUAAGCUUGAUAGUGGGGAAUUGCUGACAUCUGCCCAUACACACUUCUCCCCCAGCACCUGGUACAAUGGGAAUCUCGGUUAGUUAGAGUCCUAAAGUCUCAUCUGCCCUAGGAUUGUACAGAAAUGACUGCAAAAUGGGAAGCAACCCAUGAUUUGAUGUACUUUGUGUAAGGAUUAAAUCUGGGUUGUUUCCCUAGGUCCAGUACAAGACUCUGGUUCUUCAAGAUAAUAACUUCUGGAGAUAUAAUGCUUGCUUUUCCUUUCUCUUUUAAUAGGAAACAGUUUGUGGGGGGCUUGGGAGUGGUACACACACACACACACACACACACACACACACACACACAACUUACAGCCUUAAAGCUUUCAGAAUGGCAGACCUGUCCUAGUCCAGGCCCCAUUAAUUUCUUUGGACCCAAACCCUAAUGACCUAAUCAUGAAGAAGAGCUAGGCUACUGGGUGGUUAUCCAUAUCCCCUUGUGCCAGAUGUGCUCGCUGCCUAUCUCAGGAAGCUACUUCUCCCAUCUUUCCAUAAUUGCGUCAGAGCUAGGGCAGAGCCCAUUUUUGCUAAGAUAGUUCCUAUCUAAUAGGUUUGGCUGACCCUGCCCAUCACCCAAACUGGUUCUGCUUUGAUCAACAGCUCAUUAUGUGACACCAGAUGGAGGAACCCUGGGCAUAUUAUUCUGGAAAAUAUGUGGCUUUUGAACAAAAUAAGUUACAAUUUUGAGAAAGAAAGAAAGAAACCCAGCCCCAAAGUGGCUAUCACUGAGUUGAAGUUUUCCUGGUGGAUCCUCAGGCCUUGCUCACUUGCUUGCUUCCCUUUGGUCUCUUCAUUAUUUAUAAACACUGUCAUAUGGUAAAGGAAAAAGAAAACAAAUGCAAUGAUUUAAAAGGGAGUGAUUACCUCAGAAGCAGAGACUGAGUCCUCUAUCUAACCAUUGGAUAAGAAUGCAAGAAGCAGGGGCCUCCCUGGUGGCACAAGGGGUUAAGUCUCAGUACUACCAAGCUAUCUACAGCACAAGUUCAAUCCCUGGCCAGGGAGGUGAUCCACAUGGCACAGCAGACCUCUCCUGCCUCACUCCCUGCUCCCCUCAGCAGUGUAUUUCAGUAGAUCCGCCUGUUCUGUUCCCCACUCUGUCUCUGGCAAAUCCUCUCACCACCCCCUCCACCCCUCUGGUCUGUGGAUGGGUGGUUAACAAUACCAGUGAUUAGUCUACCCUAGCUCUUGUAUGCACAAAUAAAUCGUAAAAUAAAAAUCCAAGAAGCAGACAACUGCCUCUGAAGACUGUUUUAAGUUCUGAAAGUUCUGACAUCUGAUACUGAAGAUUGUGCUAAGCUACAACUUAAUUGUCCUACUUAUGAUUUUAUGUCUUUUUACAUAGCUUUCCAGAUUAACUUGUCUGGACUUGACAGGAUGAAAAACAAAGAAUCAAAUCUUCACUUUGGAAAGAUAUCAUCUAUUUUGAGUGAAGAUAGCAUUUUUAAGACUUGAGUACUGUUAGAAAAAAGGUCUUGACACAGGAAGUGUCAUUUUGGCUUUACAUAUAACCUCAACGCCACCCCAGAGUCAGAUGCUCCUCUGUACUCAUCUGCCACCCUGAACACAAGAUCCUCUGUCAGUCAUCCUUAGUAAUGUCACAAUAGCUUUCUUUAGAAAUGAACAUUAGCAUGAAUUUUUCUCCCUGCUAAAGCAAGCAGAUAUAGUUGGCCACUUUUAUAGAACAUGAUUAACAAUACCAGUGAUUAUUCUACAAAGUCACAAAAGAUGACAUCAGAAAUUAUUUUCACACUUGUUAACACAAUUUGCAGAGAUAAGAUUGCUUUGAAGAAGGCUUGAGAAGUUUUAUCUAUACCCCAGUGCCUGGAGAUGGAAUGAGUGUCUUGGGAAGAAGUCAGUCCCACAUCAUCAGUGGGAUAUAUAGAUUGCCACUUGGCACCACAGAGGGAAACUGCUGAGAAAUGAGAGGAGCCUAGAUUGCUAGAAGUCUCUUCUCAGCUGAGUGUCAGUGAAUUGAAAUACUACUAAUGAGCUCAGUGAGUUGUAAACAUCUGGUUGGCUCGAGUUUGAGGAUCAGGAGACCACAGACCUGAUGUGGAUUCUGGGAGUUGGGAGAGGACAUAAAUGUUUUAAUGAAAAUAAUACUGCCAAAGUGGCCAGAUGAUGUUUUUAAGAUAUUCAGUAAUUAUUCUGUAAUAUAAAGGUGUUUAGGAGGAGCUCCAAUUCUGAAGGUGGAAUUUCACUAAAACAAACUAUAAAAAAACACUACCAUACCAAUAAUAAAGAAAUCUCUGCCCCUCCAGCCUUCCUGUGCAUUGAUACCUCAUCCUAGUAUCUAUCACUACUGUGGCUGAAUAAAAAUUUUCUAACUUGCCUCUGAAUAAUAAAUAUAUUGCAGUUUCCCUGCAACAAUGGAAUGUCAUUAUUUUCUAAAUCUCCAGAAACAAAUAUGUGCUGUUUGUCUUCUCUCCCUGCACAUUCUCUAUUCACUGCAUGUUGCUUCACUUCUGUAGUUCUAACCUUUUUGUGCCCUAACACUAACUAGUGGCAACUCUGUUUAAUCAACAACUAGGCCUUCUGCUCUGGGCUAAUAAUUUCCCAGCAAACUCAAAAUUCCCAGAUCAUCAAUGAUACUUAGAGCUAUUUUCCAGCGGGCAAUUUAUCAUUUGUGUCAGAUAGAGUGCUGAAGUAGUUUGGAAAUGUGGGUUCUAGUUCUACUUCAUCUGUGAUUCAUUGACCUUGGGAAAGUUAAUAUAUGAGAUGUUCCGU